AGCGCGGAUCACAAUCGCGCAGCUCUUUCCUGUGUGAUGCUACAUCAGAGAGCUGCCGGGCCGCCCGACCUGGGAUGGAUUUAGAAGAAGCUUUUCAAGUUGUGGGCGAGUUUGGACCCUACCAGCAGCGGGCGGUGGCUGUUCUUGUUCUGACCCAGGUGUACAUGGCCUGUCAGUCCAUGCUGAUCGUUCUGAUUGGAUCCACGCCGAAGUACCGGAUCGAGCAGCUGGACGGCGUCGGCAGCAGCCAGCGGGAGCUCGUUACCUUUACAGAGGACACCGACUCCAUAGUGACCGAGUGGUUUCUCAUCAAGCAUCAGGCCUAUAAGGUCAGUCUAGCAGGGUCGCUGUUCUUCGCCGGGCUUCUGGUCGGGAACAUCGUCUUUGGGCCGCUCUCGGACAGGAUCGGCAGGAGACCUGUCUACCUGACAGGCCUGUUUUUCGAGGUGAUCUUUGGCUAUGUGACCGCCUUCGCCCCCAGCUACGAGGUGUUCGCCGUGUCUCGCCUCCUUGUGGGGCUGAUGAACGGCGGCAUCGGCCUCGUCUGCUUUGUCCUCACUCAGGAGUACGUGGGCAAGUCGUACUGGGCCAUGACGGGGACGUUGACCAGCAUGACCUUUGCCGUCGGCAUCGCCCUGUUCGGAGCUCUGGGCUACUUCAUCCAGCCGUGGAGGAACCUGGCUAUGGCGUCCAACUCGUCCGGCGUCCUGUUCCUCCUGCUGUCUGUCACUCUUCCCGAGUCGCCCCGCUGGCUGUAUUCGAAGGGUCAGACGCAGCGAGCAGAAGAGGUGCUGCGCUACAUGGCGCUGAGGAACGGCAACCCUGCCAACAACCUGGUUUUGAAACGCGUCUGCGCCGCUAAAGCCGGAAACCGUGACGGCAGGGGGGCAGGUGUCCUGCAGCUGGUGAUCCAUCCGGUCCUCCGUCUGAGAACCAUGGUGCUCAUGUAUGUCUGGUAUGCGUGCAGUCUGGUGUACUACGGUCUGACUCUGGGGGCCAGCGAGAUGUCUGGUAGCCGUUAUAUGAACGUAGCCAUGUACGGCCUGGUGGAGCUCCCCGCCUACCCGCUCUGUAUAUACUUCAUCAACAAACACUGGGCCGGGAGGAGGAAAAGCAUGGCGAGUUUCCUGUGUCUGGCCGGCUCUGCCUGCCUCUGCACCACGUUCAUCCCCGAAAACGCAGGAGCCUUGCUGAACGUUACGUCGUUGGCGCUUCUGGGAAAACUGAUGGUCAGUGCAGCGUUCAACAUCGCCUACGUGUACACCUCUGAACUCUACCCGACAGUUAUCAGGAACGCUGGUUUGGGAGUUUGUUCCAUGUCGUGCAGAGUCGGAGGAAUCCUUGCACCGUUUGUUCCUUCCAUGCGGGCUCUCCACACCUCCAUGCCUUUCACUGUGUUCUGUCUGAGCGGCCUGUCUGCAGGCUGCCUGGGCCUCCUGCUGCCUGAAACCCUCAACGGACCAACAACAGAUACUCUGGAGGAGCUCGGCAGCCCUAUCCACAGCCGAGUGCUGGAGAGCAAGGCUCAUUUGUAUGAAGACGACAAACUGAAGUCGAACCACAAAUGAAGCGUCGUCUUCAUCACUGGAGACGGACUGUCCUCACCUCAUUCUGUGUGUGUGAACUGCUGCCUCAAAACGGUGAACUGUCCCUUUUUUAAUUAACUUGAAGGACUGAUCACAAUGUUCCCCUUUAAAUGUUUGAGAUCUCUGACAUGUCAAACGGGGCCGGGACGUAGACGCUGACCUUCAGGGGGAAGCCGUUAUCGACCGACAGCUCCUCUUUUUUAUCACAUUUUACAGAAAAGCCGGACAGUCGACCCCCCUGACUGUCACUAUGGUGUUUGUGCCUUAUUAGGAGGGAGACAGCCGAGAAAAGACGGGACAGACGUGUGACUUACUGUCCAGAGAUGCUGCGAAAAUCAAACGUGCUGCUAGCUAACGUGUAAUUGAACGGUUGGUUUGAAAAAGGACAGCGUUUCCUCUCCAAGAGUUUCCAAAAUGGAGUUAGUAGACAUGACAUACAUGCUCGUUUUAAACGUGUUAAUAUUCCUUAAAACACACCAAUGUUAGAUUUUUAGGACCACGCUGAUUUUCAAGAGGAAAUGUGCUCGAAGCUCAAUCACAAGGUAAACUGUCCUGUAAACAUGCUAAAGUGUUAGCAUACAGUGCUGGACUUCACCCACCUUUUAAUCCGUUUGGAUGCCGCCGUACAGGAUGUAUUUCUUUUUUUUUUUUUUUGAGUUUCAACGUGUAGACGGCAGGAAAACGGUAAUAAAGCGGACUGUGUGAGUUAUUGAGAGAAAGGCAGCUUGAUUUGAUAAGAUGAUGACUUUAAUGAUCAGGCUAUUUGGUCACACGUACUCGUUUCAGGGAAUAAGUAUUGUUUUAAAUAUCUUUUGAAGCAGCUUCUCCAGAGCUACGUGAGCUUCGCCAUGAAUAACUACAUGAGCUACCGUGACCACAUUAAAAGUCCACAAUAUUAGUUGACUGAAAUUAAUUUCUAAGGACCAAACAUGCCUCCUUUUUUAUUUAAAUCAGAGAUACAAAUAGAAGAAUAGAAUUUUCAACCUAUUAGUGUUUAUAUCAAGCUUCACAAGACCCUUUACCAGUUUUAAAUUAAACUAAGUUACUAGAAACUCUAAUUAAAAUAAGAAACUCAAAUAUAACGCCUGACAAUCAUCUAAUUAAUAAAGCCAAACCAUUUGAGUCAUAAUCAGCUUGCGUGUAGUUGUGCGGGACCAAGUGGGAUGAUUUAUGUUUAUUUAUGUUUUCUGUGAUCAAGGUCUUUUGUGUCUGUUAUUGUUUGCCUGCUUGUGACAGUUGGAUGUGAGCUUUGUUGGAUGACUGACGUUUAUGACAGGCACAAAGCCAGAGGGAGCUGGUGAAUGUUUGUGGUAGUGAUCCAGGACAUUUGCAGCAGAAUGAAACGAAACACGCCAAUGCAUAAAAUAAGCGGACACAACAGGUCGCGCUCAUUUCUAACGGGGACCAAUGUGAGUAAAUAAGGAUGCACCGAUCUGACUUUUUUCAGUCCCGGUACAGAUACUUGGGCUUUGAGUAUCGAUCCGACACCAGUGUUAAAUUAAUAAGCUGCAUUCCUCACUGUGAGAAGGAGACUGGUGACAACAUCAGGCUUGACUUAGACAUUGCUUCCUAACUGUUGAACAGUUUUUUGAAAAAAUAUCUAAUUGUGUUUUGACUGAUUAUUGCGAUAUGAUUUGUACGGCAGAGUGUGAGGGCCACAUUAAGGAAGAAAUGCUACAGAGGUGUCCUGGCCUAGAAUGUUUUUCAAUGAAAAUGAGAAUCAUGAUCAUUACAGUAAUGAUGUAAAAUGAUAGUUCCCUCCAAUAUAACAAAUAAUAUUAGGGCCACAUAAAAAAAAAAGAAAUAUGAGGAUGAAGAUUUAUUUAUUUUGUAAAGUGAAAACGUUGAAAUGGUACAUAAAUCGUCAUCCUCAAUUUUCUUUUCCGCAAUGUGGCUCUAAUACUGUUUGUAAGUAGUAUUUGUAAAAUGCUAUUUGUGACAUUGGAGCAUCAUUAUUGUCAUUUAAAUGAUUAUGGUUGGAUUUAUUUUCAGGAUCUUCCUAAACAAAGGUGUUUUCUUAAGUCUUUAGAAUAUGAUGUGUAGGCCAGGACACCUCUGCAGCGUGACAAUAUUUAAUGGUAAUAAAAAUGGUAUUUUUAAACACAUUUUGCCGUUAAUAUUGCACCUUCUCCCGGCCAUAAAGCGAUUUCAGUUAAUUGUUCAGCCCUAUUACUAACGUUGUAAAACAUAAUGUUAUUUUAGCUCUCCUAGUAAAAAUGUUCGGGUCUACCGGCGCACUGCUGACACAUCCUGUAGUUCUCCUUUAACUGAAUUGAUUGGCCGAUACCUGAUCCAGCCGUUUGAGUCAGUAUCGGGCCGAUAUCCGUUAUCAGUAUUUAUCGGUGCAUCCUUAUGUAUAAACAACAAACAUCGUAAUCAGUUUGAACCACCACUCUGUAGCAAGUUUCUCUUUUUUAUGUGUGUGUGCAUUAAACCAUUUUAUCAAACCAUUACUACCUGUUAUUGAGGCUGAGCUGCUGAACUGACGUAACAUCCUGCAUGAUUGAUGAUACAUGAUUUCAUGUAAAGUCCGAAGAGUUUUACAAUCGACAACAGAUGGAAAAACACUUGACCAACAUUCUGCCUUCUGUGCCUUUAAACCGUAAAGAUUUCAAAUGUGAAGUGCUAAUUUCAAUGUUUCCUAAGAUGUUUGAUAUGCCAUCAUUUUGUACCGUGUAUACAAUCAAGCUAUAACUAUGUGUAUAUUGUAGAUAUACUGUAUGUUGUACAAUGUGUAUGGAUAUUUAAGUUAAAGCCAGUAAACGGUUGAAAACUUCCUAAA